AACGCGUUGAAGCUGACAUUAGCUUUCUAUGUUUUGCUCGUCUUUGCCAACUAUUUUGAAUACAGCAAGAAAAUGAAGUGCUUUCUCAUGGGCCACAGGUUUGCUAAGCGUUUGGCAUAUCAUCCUCCUCGUUUCGGUGAAACUGGCCUUCUAACCGCGCGCUCAUCUGCAUUCCACCUUCAAUUCAAUCAGAUCCAAACUGGCGUUCCGAGUGUGAGCAGCCUCACUGCUACUGCCCCAAAAGCUGACAACGUUAAACUCCGUGAAAGCGAUUUGAUUAGACAAGAUGUGACGGACAUUUACGCUGGCAUCAGAAAUGCUCUAACGGGAACGCUGGCGCCAUUGAUACCCAUAGCGCAGUAUUAUUUCAACGAAGACGGUAAAGCCAUAAGACCUGUAAUUACCAUGUGCCUGGCUAAGGCAAUCAACUCUCACCUGGAUCAGAAAUCGCCGACUGUAGCGGAGAAUCAAAGGAAAGUGUGCCAAAUACUCGAAAUGAUUCACGUCGCAGGUCUUUAUCACGACGAUGUGAUUGAUAAAGCCGAAAGCAGACGAAACAAGCCGUCCAUCAAUUGCAUCUGGGGUGUGAAACACUCCAUUUUCGCUGGUGACUUUAUCCUCGGACGUGCGAUGAGCAUCACCGCUGACAUUAGCGAUGAGGAGGUGUCCGUGUUAUUAAAUACGAUGAUUGAUCAUAUUGUGAUUGGAGAAAUCAUGCAACUGGUAAAUGGCGAAACUGAAGAGGAAAGAUUCGAUCAUUACAUCGAUAAAACGUUUAAGAAAACUGCCAGUUUACUUGCGCAUAGUUGUCAAUCGGUCGCCUUGCUGUCUGGAGGUGAUUCAACUUUGCAGACGAUGGCAUUUAAAAUUGGACGUGAUUUGGGCAUGGCAUUUCAGCUGGUUGAUGACAUACUGGAUUUCUCAGCCACUUCCGCCCAACUGGGCAAAGCUGCGGCGGUCGACAUGAGCCAAGGGCUAGCCAACGCCCCGGUCCUAUUUGCCGCACAAACAUUUCCCCAAUUGAACGCCAUGAUUGCGCGCCGCUUCCAAGAACCUGGAGAUGUCGAGACAGCCUUUCGCCUCAUUCUUCGCUCGGACGGCUUGCAACGAACCAAAGAUUUGGCCACGCAGUAUUGCGACGAGGCCGUCACCCAAUUAGCUCGGCUGUCGCCAUCGCCUUAUCAGCAAUUCUUAUUCACCAUAACGCACAAAUUACUCAACAGAAUGAAGUAAAAAUGAAGGUAUAUGCCUAUGUGUGGGCUCUUCGUGUACAUUUCCCUAUUAAUAUGCAGACAACACUUUCAUGCUUCUUCUUUUUUAAAUAUGUUUACGUUCAUGCUGUAUUGUAUAUUCCCACUUUCAAAAUAAA